AUGACCGAGGUGGCUGCUAGGAAAGAGCCAAUACCGGCUUGUCUUUGGGGGAACCUUUCACGCUCCCCAGUUGCUAUCUCCAGCAACUUGCCGUUCAAAUCCGACCGGGCGCAAGUUGCUAAACGUGCACCGCAGUUGCCGAACUUGAAGAUUUGGCAACUCAGAUGGCAACCUGCGGUCAGGGUGCAAAUGGGCCGGGCUCGGGCCCAAAAGUGCUGCCCAAACCCGACCCGCCUUCCAUGGUGGGCAGGGGCGGGCCGGGCUGCUCAGGCAAAACACGUGCCCACACCCGACCCGCUGCCCGAAGGGGUCGGGCUCGGGCUGGGCGCGGGUUGGGUCUUGGGCGCCCAACGGGCUCCCACCAAAAAAGGUAUUGGGGCUCAGGUGGGGCGAGGGGGAGGAUUGAUGGUCAAGUAUAAUAGCAUUUAUGUUGAUCGGCAGAGCCCUAGAAUUCAUGUGGAUAGGCAGGGUAGUACAAUAGUAUUUGAGCAGAUAGGCGGGGAGAUAUCAUUCAAGCAGGGGCCAUGUAUAGUCUUAGAUUUAUAG